CUCACUCAAACACAACAACAACAAUAUCAAUAGCUCCAAAUCCACAAACUCUUCUCUUAACCUUCCUAUUUUGAUGCUUACAUUUCUCAAAAUGAGGAGUUCUUGGUUUAUGCUUCUUCUACCUCUUGUAGUUGGCUGUUUGAUGACAGCUUCCUCCGGCAACUUCCUCAACAAUGGCCAGUUUCUCACCCUCUCCCUUGACAAAGCCUCUGGCUCAGGCUUCCAGUCCAAGAAUCAAUAUCUCUUUGGCAAGUUUGAUAUGUAGCUCAAACUUGUCCCUGGAAACUCUGCUGGCACGGUCACCACCUUCUAUAUGAAGUCACCAGGAUCUACAUGGGAUGAGAUUGAUUUCGAGUUCUUGGGAAAUUUGAGUGGGGAUCCUUAAAUUCUUCACACUAAUGUAUUCAGUCAAGGAAAGGGUAACAGAGAACAGCAAUUUUAUCUCUGGUUCGACCCAAGUGCUGAUUUUCACACAUAUUCCAUCCUUUGGAAUCCCCAACGCAUUAUCUUUUCUGUGGAUGGCACACCCAUCAGAGAAUUCAAAACAUGGAAUCAAAAGGUGUUACUUUCCCCAAGAGCCAACCCAUGAGAAUCUACUCCAACUUGUGGAAUGCUGAUGAUUGGGCUACAAGGGGCGGCUUGGUCAAGACAGAUUGGAGCCAAGCUCCUUUCACUGCUUCUUACAGGAACUUCAAUGCUGAUGGUUGUGUUUGGUCCAAUGGAGCAUCUUCUUGCACUUCCACUUCUCCAUC